AAACAGGGAUGGGGUUCGGAUGAAAUACAGGCCAUCCCCAUCCAUCUGGUCGCCAUCUGCCAAGAGACGGGAGGGACACAGAGUGGCCGACCAGGCCUGCAGCAGGAGUGCUGGGCGCGGGUGCUGGCUCAGCCACCUCCUCCCACCCCCCGGCUUGGGCCUCGGUGCAUCCCUGAGCUCGGACGCGGCUUGGGCUUGGGACCUCCGCGGCCUGGGGCUUGUGCUGCUCACCGGGACCGCUGCCUCGGUACAGGAAGGACCAGGGCAGCCCCAGCGCAGGUGGAGGAAUCCUGUAAGAUCACCGGUCCUGCUCUUUAAAUUGGCAGACUUGUUUCUCCUGCCUCACUGCUGCUUUAUGCUGGACAUCAUGGCUGACCCUACAGCAGAAGAACAGGUCUCCAAAAUGAGUGAACUUUGUCCUGAAUGUGGCCAGUUUCACCUGUUAUCAGAAAAUCAUCUUUAUAAUUUCCAGGAUGAAGUGGAUGAUGAAUUGAUUUGCCAUAUCUGCCUUCAGCCUUUGGUUCACCCUAUGGAUACCCCGUGUGGACACACGUACUGUUUCAGGUGCCUUGAGAACUUCAUGCAGGAGCAUAAUUUUUGCCCCAUGGAUCGCAAAAAACUGUGCUUCCAGCAUUGUCGAAAGUCCAGCCUUCUAGUAAGGAACCUGUUGGAUAAGCUGAUUGUCCUCUGUCCUUUCCACACGCUAUGCCAGGAGACCAUGCAGAGGUGUCAGCUGGAAGCUCAUCUACAGAACAGGUGUCUUGGCUUCAAGAAAUACAGAUCUGAACUAGAAAGAAGAAAGAAUCCCCACUCCAAAGGGAAGGAAGAGCCUGUUAUCAGUGUGGACACAAGUGCUGCCAAAGAGCCAGGUCUCUCAAAUGGAGGGUCGUCAUUGGUGGCAGAAAGCUCUAUGGCAGCUGUUGUAUCUCUAGGGACAGCGGAGCCUGGACUGGUUAAUCCAGCAUUUGAGGAGGGUGAAGAAGACCUGCCUCAGAGAGCUAGCCUUGUGGCCGAAACCAGCACCAUUGAAAUUCAACGAGAAGACCCAGAGGAAGAACUUGGAAUGAGGAUAGUUGGGGGUAAAGAUACCCCUCUGGGGAACAUUGUGGUUCAGGAAAUCCUUCGGGAUUCUGUUGUUGCUACGGAUGGACGAAUAGCACCUGGAGACCACAUUCUCGAGGUGAACGGCGUCAACAUCAGCAAUGUGACUCACUGCCAAGCGGUCUCUUUGCUGCGCCAUCCAGGUUCAGUUCUCCACUUGGUGAUCCUACAGGAGAAGGGGUUUUCCCCCAGGACUGUCCAGCAGGACUCCAGCCCUGCUGUAAACCGGGAAGUGAUUCAUGUUACCCUGAUGAAGAGAGACCGAUCAGAGCCCCUGGGAAUCAAACUGAUUAGGAAGACAGAUGAGCCGGGGAUUUUUAUUCUAGAUUUGCUGGAUGGAGGCUUGGCAGCCAAAAACGGGAAGCUGAGCCAGAACGACAGAGUCCUUUCUAUAAACGGCCAGGACCUGAGGCAAGGAACACCCGAGACUGCUGCACAGAUAAUCCAGGCCAGUGAGACAAGAGUGAACUUUGUGGUCCUCCGGCAAUCUGGCACACAGCUGGUAGAUACUGUUGAUGAUGGCAGCACACCCAGCAGCAGCAGCAGCAGCAAUGGAGAGAGCCCAGUGCACCAUCGGAGGAGGCCUGAGCAAACUUACUACCGCCGCAAACCUAGCUACCAGAAGGAGCUACCUCAGGGAUAUGCUAGCCAGGAAAAGACUGUUACCAUAAAAAAGGAACCAAAGGAAUCUUUGGGAAUAACUAUUGGAGGUGGAAGGGAUAAUAAGAACAAACUGCCUGUUUAUGUGACAAGUGUGCAGCCCAUUGGAUGCCUCUUCAGGGAUGGCAGGAUCAAGAGAGGAGAUGUGCUCUUGAGUAUAAAUGGCAUUGAUUUGACUCAUAUGAACUACUAUGAAGCUGUGCCAGCACUUAAAUCCAAUGCUGCUUCCCAUGUACUGGUACUGAAAGCCCUGGAGAUCCUUGUACCAGAACCCACAGACUCAUCCUCUGAGAUAAGGGAACAAGGAUUCAGCUGGUCUCCCCUUUGGACCAUGUGGCUUGGACUACCUAGUAACCUCCACUGUUGUCAAGAUAUUAUCCUGCGUAAGACUAAUUCAGAAAGCUGGGGAUUCAGCAUUGUCGGAGGCUUUGAAGAAAGCAAAGGAAGCCAGCCGUUCUUCAUUAAAACCAUUGUGCCUGGAACGCCUGCUUUCCGAGACAGGAGACUGAAGUGUGGAGAUGAAAUUGUGGCAGUAAAUGGAGUACCUGCCAUAGGAAUGAGCAAUUCAGAGCUGAUCCCCAUGCUGAAAGAACAAAGGAACAAAGUCAUUCUUACUGUGGUGUCCUGGCCUGGAAGUCUUGUGUAAACACCAAAACAAAAAUGUGUAUUCACGAAAUCUGUGAGCCCCUCUGAUGCUAGUUUGCUUGAUCUGACAGCCCAUCAUGUGACACUUACUAAGGAAACCACGAACUCCUGGCACGGUGUGCACUAGACUUUCACUUCCUCUUUGAAGAAAACAUUUCCAUACUGUUCAGAAAGUUAAUGCAACUUGUGGAUGCAUCUGAUUUUUUAUUUUUAUUUUUUAGGUACAAUAUGCUAGCAGCUUGGAGCUGUAUCUUCACUAGCUUCUUGUACUGAUUAGAACUCAUCAUAAUUGUAGGGACAGUUAUUUUUCCCACGAUCCAAGAGGAAUUGUCCAUCUGCGUCUUGAGCUAUAGUUGUCAACUUUUUUCAGGUGAUGUUUUAAUUCCUGGUCAAACUAGUGUCCAUAAGAAAAAUCAAGUAACCUAGCAAGCUAACAUUUGCUGGCUGGCUGGCAUUCUUGGACACUUUAUUCAAGUCAUUGUCUUUGUUUUUAAAAGUUGCUAAUAAAAAUAAGGACAUGGACCAAUGAAA